AUGGUUCCAGAAGUAUACAUCCAAUGGAUAGAAAUGAUCCAUCACGGAGCCACGAGCCAAGUGCAAAUCGCGGCAGGACAGUCAAAACCAUUCCGCAUAAAGACCGGCGUGCAUCAGGGAUCGGUGCUCUCUCCUCCACUCUCCAUCACAGUAAUCGAUGCAGUGAUGGAAGGUCUCAAGCGACAGCCGCUAUGGGCUCUCCUGUAUGCAGACGAUGUGGUGUUAAUGGCAGAAAACAGAAAAAAAAACUUGAAGAAGAAGCACAGAGAUGGAAGGACCAGUUAA